CGCUGUACAGCGGCGGACUUUCUGUUUAUAUUUAAAAUGGAACGAGUAGCAUUUUACCCACGACAUAUUUUAAACUAUUAAAGACAUUAUUAGCGUUCGUUUAUCAUCGAUAAGGGCUUUUAUUAGCAAGACGCGAAGUCUCCCGCUUGUUGAAGUUUGUUAACGCCCUUCAUAACACCUGAUCAUGUUACCUGUGCGGACAAUGACACCCAUCACGUCCUCCAAGCAGUCUUCAGCUGCAGCAUCGAAGAUCAAAAAUAAGCUUCUCAACACGUCUUCCUUCUUCAAGGUGUCUCUGAAGAAGAACAACAAGGCCCUGGCUGUUGCUCUGGAGAUGCAGAAGGAGCGGAGCCGGCAGCUGGAGAAAGACAUCAUGUUCCUUCAGAAACAAGUGGAGGCUCUGUGCUUUGAGUUAGCCGCAAAGAAGUACAAGCACAGGAAACUGCUCCUCAUCUUGAAAAACCUCCACAGCAACACUCGACAGCACCUGGACAUGGUGGCUGACUUGUUCUCUGAUGGUGAUCUUCCUAAACUGUCGGAGGAAACAAAUAUCUCAUCAGGCGACUUUGACAGAGAACAUCUUGAAAUGGAAAGUCCUACAGAUCAGUUACCUCCCCAGCCUGAAGCUCUCGAGCCCUUGCCGUGUCCCCUCCAAAAAAUCACAGCAGAUUUGCCUGAAACAAAAACCUGUGCAGAUGCCUUCAAUAUCCAGAGCAGACUGCCACCGCCCUCCAAUGUUUGCAAAGAGAAAACUUCAGAGAGAAGGCGUUCAAGCCAGCACAAACUAGUUCCUGGGAUGGGACUGUCUCGUCCGUCCUGCAGCCUAAUGGAGGAAGUAGAUCGGCUUUCAAGGAAAAUCUCUCAAUCUGGGUUUGACAUGAAGUCUGUCCCCUGCCCUCAGAACAGUCAAACCCCCUCAGCUUCAAGUCUAAUGAAAACCCAAGCCAUCUCUCUCCGACAAUGUUCCCCCUCCAAGUAGCUCAGUCAUUGAACCAGAAUCAGAAACUGGCAAAAAACAGGAGAAUACAGUUCUUCUGAAUGCGACAAUGGACAUGACGCUGAGUAAUUCUGUUGAGAUAGUCACCGUGGAAACUAAGGCUAAGAAGACAAGACGUGUUGGCAGGCCGAAAAAGAAGGAACAAGCCUCAGGGUCAAAUGUGGGGGAAAAUCCACAAGUGAAGAGCUCUGCAGAUUCUAAGUGAGUGCGGCUCAGAGUUCUCCUACUGGUUCUACAGAUGACCACGCACCAGAGAGUAUUAAAGACCCGGAGGUUACAGAGUCUCAGUCACCCAAAUCACAGAGUACGAGUGUCACCACCUCUCGCAUUCCCAAACUGAGCAAGUCUGAGGCUGGCAACAACUCGAAGAAGGCGAAGAAGAAAUUAAAAUCCAAUGACACCCCCAAGUCCAAAAGAGACUCUGUUGAUACUGCCCCACCAGACGUGGACGAUUAUUUCAUGGACCCUGAUUUUAGACUCUCAAAAGCCAGAGAGA